AUGAAAGCACUUGUUGAUGGCGUCUGGUAUAACAGUGACCAUCGCGAUUGGGGGUUGAGACCGUUAUCACUGCGCAAGCCAUCAUUUACCAGCAGCAGCAGCGGUAGCAUCAACGCUUGUCCACCCCCACCACCCACACCGCACAGCGCCGGCAGCCACUGCACCAACACCAGCACCAGUAACAACUACAACUACAAUAACAGUAACACAAACAGCACAGCAACAACCACCAGUAGCCAUCACGGCCAAGUAGGCGCAGCCACACACAACAAUCACACCAACCAACACAACCGAACGAAAGGUGGCAGUACAACAACAACAACACAUUCAACAGACGCGCUAGGCACACCAACAGCAACAGGCAGGGGCAAUUCACCAGGCAAUCCAUUGCAGGUGAAAUAUUUUGAAUUCCCACCAAAUCUCACGCUACUAGCCACCGGUUCAACACCAUCGCUGGCGACAACAACAGCCGUAGCUUUAGCAGCAUCCACCACAACAUCAACACCAACACGCGCACCAUCAGCAUCAGCAUCACCAUUCCAACAAAGCCAACACACAUCAACAGCCGCAACAGCAAAUAGCACAAGAACAGUCACGCUACCACAACCACCAACACCACGCAAAGCAAACGCGUGCCGAUUUCGACGCCGACUUUAG